AUGUUUAAAUCAGAGGUUGUUCACGAUGAAACCGCGGAGCAACGGAAAGGGGAAAAGCUCAUGGAAAAUGGUCGUGUCGAGCGUGUGCCACUGACCGAAGAAGACAGCAACCGGAUAUGUCGCAAGACCGACAAGGUAAUUCUUGUGGUGCUUGUAUGGGUCUACUUUUUACAGAUCCUCGAUAAGACGGUUCUAGGUUACGGUGCGACCUUUGGUUUACAGGCAGAUACAGGCCUUACAGGCAAUGAAUACUCACUCGUUGGCUCCAUUGGACCAAUUGCGCAGCUUGCCUGGCAGCCUUUCUCUUCAUACCUCAUUGUGAAGGUUCCUCACAAAAUUCUUAUGCCAGCUCUAUGCCUGGGAUGGGGCAUUGCUCAGACAUGCAUGGCUGCAUGCCAUAAUUUCGGAUCUCUCAUGGCUGCGCGGUUUUUCCUCGGCCUGUUUGAAGCAGGAUGCCUACCACUAUUUGGGGUCAUUACGAGUCAAUGGUACCGCCGGGCAGAGCAACCGAUCCGGAUCGCAGCAUGGUAUAGCACAAAUGGCCUAGCGACUGUUGUUGCAGCUGCUCUAUCGUAUGGACUAGCACAAAUCCAGUCAGAGGUGCUGAAAGCAUGGCAAAUGAUCUUCCUUGUUGUUGGGCUGAUUACUGUCGCGUCUGCCCCUGUGGUUUACUGGCGAUUGGACAACGAUAUCGCAACUGCUCGGUUCCUUAGCGAGGAUGAAAAAGCACAAGGAAUAGAGCGUCUCAGAGCCAACCAGACAGGAACGGGCAAUAAUGAGUUCAAACUUGGCCAUGUCCUCGAGGUCUGCCUCGAGCCCAAAACAUAUUUGUGGAUAGCGAUGGCAAUGCUUCUUAACGUUGGGGCGAGUGUGACCAACAUCUUCGGUCCACUCAUUUUAAGCGGGCUUGGCUACGACAAAUACAUGACAACUCUACUGACCAUGCCAUUUGGCGCGUUGCAAUUCAUCAUCAUUCUACUGGCAAGCUAUCUUGCCCAAACCGUUCGCGUGAAGAGUGUCAUCCUCGCAGUGUUCAUGCUACCAGUCAUAGCGGGGCUCGCAAUUUUGUAUGCGGUGGCUCGGACCAAAUCAGUGCAGAGCCAGUUGCUUGCCGGAUACUAUCUACUCGCAUUCCUAUUUGGUGGCAAUCCACUGGUCGUGACGUGGAUCAUCGGUAAUACGGGUGGGACAACCAAGAAGUCUGUCAUUAUGAGUUUGUACAAUGCGGCAAGUGCGGCAGGGAACAUUGUUGGCCCUUUGCUCUUCAACGAAAAGGACCGGCCAGCAUAUCACCCAGGCCUGCGCGCAUGUCUCGGUAUCUUCAGUGCCCUGGCGGCUGUAGUCCUGAUUCAGUGGGCUAAUCUAUGGCUCCUUAACAAACAACAAGCCCGUCGGCGUGUACGCAACGGCAAGAAAGCCGAAAUAGUGGACCACUCGAUGGAAAACCAUUAUCGCGAAAUGGAUGAAGACAAUCUCGAGGAAGCGGGACAUGCGACUGUGCAAGUUGGGGAGCAUGCAUUCCAGGAUCUGACGGAUCGGGAAAAUGAUGAAUUUGUGUAUAUUUAUUAG